CGAGAAUAUAUAUAAACAAUGUCAAGCUCUGAUUAUUAUGAACUUUUAGGUGUUGCUAAAACUGCCAGUACCCAAGAAAUUCGUUCCGCAUACAAGAAACUUGCUCUCAAAUACCACCCUGAUAGAGCACCAGAAGAUAAGAAGGAAGAAUACGAAGAACGUUUUAAGGAUAUCGCCCAUGCUUAUGAAGUCCUUACAGAUGAUCAAAAGAGAAAGAUUUAUGACCAAUAUGGUGAAGAAGGUCUCAAAGGAGGUGGUAUGGGUGGAUUUACUGAUCCAACUGAUAUUUUCAGCCACAUUUUCGGUGCUGGUGAAGACGGUUUCGGAUUCUUUGGUGGAGGUGGUAGAUCUCGUCAAUCCGGACCAAAGAAGGGUAAGACUAUUGCUCACGAAAUUCAAGUUUCUUUGGAAGAUUUAUACAAUGGUGCUACUAGAAAGAUUAGAGUUACUAGAACUCGUAUCUGUACCUCUUGUAAGGGUUCUGGUGCCACUAAAGAUGACGCUGUUGUAACUUGUAAAUCAUGCCAAGGUAAAGGUAAAAAGGUUGUUACUAGAAGUAUGGGACCAGGAUUUGUUCAACAAUUUGUCACUCCUUGUGACGUUUGUGAAGGAACUGGUAAAUCAAUUGAUAAGAAGUUUAUUUGUAAAGAUUGUCAAGGAAAUAAGGUCACUAAUGACGUUAAAGUUUUGGAAGUUCACAUUGAUCCUGGAAUGAAGGAACAACAACAAAUCGUUUUUGAAGGAGAAGCUGACGAAAGACCAGACGUUCUUCCAGGUGAUAUUGUAUUUAUUGUUCAACAAAAGCCACAUCAUGUUUUCACUAGACAAGGAAAUAAUUUACAUAUUAAGAAGAAGAUUAACUUGUUGGAAGCCUUGACAGGUGUUGAAUUUAGCGUAAAGCAUUUGGAUGGUAGAACUCUUAUUGUCCGAUCGAAACCAAACCAAAUUAUUAAACCAGGUAUGGUUAUGCAAAUUGCUAAGGAAGGUUUCCCAAUCCACAGAUCCCCAUUCCAAAAGGGUAACUUGUACAUUGAAUUUGAAGUUGAAUUCCCAGAACAAAUUCCAGAAAAGCUCCACCAACAACUCUCCUCUAUUUUGGGUAAGAAGGCUAAUGCUGCUGAUGUCAUGGAUGAAUCAGCUGACAAUGUAGAAGAAGUCUUUUUGCAAGAAGCUGACCUUUCUCAAAAUAAUGACCACAAGAGCCAAUACGAUAGUGAUGAUGAAUAUGAACGUCGUGGAGGACAAGGCGUUCAAUGCGGUACUCAAUAAAUCGAUCUACUCAAUCAUUUGAGAAUUUUGU